AUGUUUGCCAAGUUCACUUCCGUAUACGUUAUCGCAUGCUUUGCUGCUUUAGCAUUUGCAUCGCCUGUACCUGUUGCGGCUCCUGAAGCUGUUGCCCUUGCCAACACAGGAAUUUUUGCUCGUGAAGCUAUGCCAGUAGCAGAAGCUUUCGCUGAACGCGAACCAGCUCCCGAAGAGGAGGAAGACGUCGAGGCCAGGAUCUGCCGCUACGGCUGCCUGUGA